AUGCAGAAAGAAUCAGGAUGGCUAUCCAACCCUUUCCAUCAACAAAUCCUGGUGAAAUAUUUCCUGGAGUUAUCAAGGCCUUUAUUACAGAAGAUCUUUGAGUAUUUGCAAAAAAGAGCAACUUCUGAAAGAGGGAUCUCCAAGGCCAAGAAGAGUCUCUCCCUGAGAGAAAACUGCUCCCAGCUUGCCUUCCAAAUCUUUGAGACCCAGUUGCAACUCUCAAAGAAUCAAAAUCAUCUUCCCCUUGGCCAAUUGAGCAAUGAAAACUACAUUGCAAUCAAGUUUUUGUGGAACUUACAUCCAGACUUGGUUGUUGCUGAACUUGAAAGAUGUGCUGUUGUUAAUACUGCAAUAGAUCAAUACGAACUCCACAGGAGAAUCAUAACAUUUACAACCCAAAUAGCCCAAAAGACUAUUGUUGAGAAUUGGGGGCUAAUUAAAAAAAGUUUGAUUGAAAGGAAGGAACUCACACCUACGUUUCUGAAGAAAUUUGAAAGUUUUUUUCAACUGAAAGCCGAGUUCCCGGAUGUGUUUGUUUGGUCAGAGAUGUAUUUCUCAGGAAAAGAGCCAGAUUGCAAGAAAUUAAGGAAGAUUGGACAGAGUGCCCUUUCCCUCUAUGUCUCGAUGAUAGGCUAUGUAGAAUAUCACCGGAGACAAAGGGGUCAUAAGGAUUACUUGGAAACUAAGCCUCCUAAGUGGGAAUUGUCAGAAAGCGUGUUCAGAGACCUGAAGGAAGCAGAACGUUCAAACGGAGUCAAUGUCUGGAACAUAUCUCAUUUAAUUCAUUGGCUUGGUUUGGGCCAAAACAAGAGGUUUGAACUGUGUGGCAAAGAUGAAAUUUUGAAUCACCUCAUGAUUCUUGAUACCCUCAUUUCAAGCUGGUAUAUUGAUGACAUUACCUGGUAUGAAUCUCCUGACAGGGCUUGGUUGAGGCGAACAUUCAAAGAAGAGUAUGAUCAAAAACUGAACAGCUUAUGUGAUACAGCUUCCAACAUCUUCAGAGAUGAGGAAUUGCUCAAUCACAUCCAGACUCUCAAACUUCAAGCCAAAGAGAAUUUUGACUAUGGGAUCAUUUCAAAGCUCAUCAACGAGAAUGUUGCAUACAGAUUGACAGUGAAAAUCAAUGGUCUUGAUGAACAAAUGAUGGUCUUGAUCAAGUUUUUCCAAGACAGAAAUACCGGCAGCAAGGAUGGCCAUACAAAUUGGGAAGCAGUCUGGGAUUCUUUCCCUUCAGAAGUCAAGAUCACUUUGGAGCAAAGGGAGUUUGCUCAAUCUUGGCUUAGUCAACUUUCUUGA